GGUGUGCAGCUUUAAAUUCCUGCUUCAUAACAUGUUCACCUUCCUGCGUUCAGACAGAAAUCCUCCUACUGAGAGCAUCCAUAUUUCAUCUCUACCCUCCAUUAUUCUAAAACAGUUUCUUCCAGAGCUGGAACAAACAGAACAACAAAAUGAAAUAAAGAGUGGAGAUAAAGCAGUAAUCCAGACCACAUACACUCACCGAGUACUCACCACACCCUCAGUCUUCCUCAGUCAGAACAAUGAACCACCUCCAAGUACUUACUUUGAGGAGAGGGUACCUGUUCCCCAGGAGGACAGUGAGAGGAGCUUCAGUCUCAGUAAGCUCUGGGCUUUCACUGGGCCUGGGUUUCUGAUGAGUAUAGCCUACCUAGACCCAGGUAACAUCGAGUCUGAUCUGCAGUCCGGAGCUAAAGCUGGAUUUAAGCUCCUCUGGGUAUUGCUGUUGGCCACCAUUUUGGGCCUGUUACUACAACGGCUGGCUGCUCGCCUGGGUGUGGUCACCCAGAUGCACCUCGCUGAAAUCUGUAACCGCCAAUACCACACGGUGCCUCGUAUCAUUCUGUGGUUGAUGGUAGAGCUGGCGAUCAUCGGCUCAGACAUGCAGGAGGUCAUUGGCUGCGCAAUUGCUUUCCAUCUCCUCUCCUCUGGCAGGAUCCCUCUCUGGGCUGGUGUCCUCAUUACCAUCACUGACACAUUUGUCUUCCUGCUUUUUGACAAGUACGGUUUGAGGAGGCUGGAAGCCUUUUUUGGUUUGCUUAUUACCAUCAUGGCCAUUACUUUUGGAUAUGAGUAUGUGACAGCAGGUCCAGACCAAGGCCAGCUGCUGAAGGGUUUGUUUGUGCCUUACUGUGAGGACUGUAGUCCUGUUCAGUUGGGUCAGGCUGUGGGCAUCGUGGGGGCCGUCAUCAUGCCUCACAACAUUUACCUCCACUCUGCGCUCGUAAAGUCACGACAAGUGGAUCGGUCAAACAAGAAAGAGGUUGAAGAGGCUAACAAAUAUUUCUUCAUCGAGUCAACUAUCGCACUGUUUGUUUCUUUCCUCAUCAACAUGUUUGUGGUGGCUGUGUUUGCUGAAGCUUUCUACCAACGCACAAAUUUAGAGGUGUACAAUGUCUGCAAUCAAACGCGGAGUCCUCAUCCUCACCUGUUCCCUCUGAAUAAUGAAACUCUAGAGGUUGACAUCUACAAAGGGGGAGUGGUAUUGGGCUGUUUCUUUGGCCCAGCAGCGCUCUACAUCUGGGCUGUGGGAAUCCUUGCAGCCGGUCAGAGCUCCACCAUGACUGGAACAUACUCCGGCCAGUUUGUUAUGGAGGGUUUCUUGAACCUCCGCUGGUCACGUUUUGCCCGGGUGUUGCUGACUCGUUCACUUGCUAUCACUCCUACCCUGCUGGUGGCCAUUUUCCAGGAUGUGCAACACCUGACGGACAUGAACAACCUCCUUAAUGUGCUGCAGAGCAUGCAGCUGCCGUUUGCCUUGAUCCCCAUCCUUACUUUCACCAGUUUGCCAUCACUCAUGAAAGAGUUUGCCAACGGACUGGUGUUUAAGGUAGGAGGCGGACUGAUUAUCUUGUGUGUGUGCACCAUCAACAUGUACUUUGUUGUGGUCUUCGUGUCUUCACUCGACAGUGCAUGGUUGUACGUGUUAGCAGCGUUGCUGUCCAUAGCAUACUUGACGUUUGUGGGAUACUUGGUGUAGUUGUGUCUGAUAGCUCUGGGGGUGUCCUGUCUGGAUCCACAAACCAGGAGAGGAAACGAUAUCACUGUACUGAUAGAGCAACAACCAGAAUUUGACUCUUAAAUCAUAUGUGUUUAAAUGGAGCUUCAUGUCACAGCUAUAAGCAACAAAACUGAUUUUAUGAUGUUUGACUUAAACCGAGGAGGGGGGCGGGGGGUCAAACUCAUUUUGGAUCAGUAAACAGCAUAAUAAAUGUUUCCCACUGUUUUAGUGCAAAGAAGUACAAGUACAUUUUCAAGAUGUUUACAGUGAAUGAACUAUCUUUUUAGAAAACAUUAUGAACAACCUCAAAUUUGCAGUUACGACUAUAUUUGGUCUCAGUCUAUUAUUUGCAUGUAUGUAAAACUCACAAAUCACAAAGUAUCUACACAAUCACCAAACAUUUAAUCACAGGCAGGGCUUCAGACUAACUGGUUUCACUGGUUGCACUGGUGCAUCAAACUCUUUUAUUUAGGUGCCCCCACUUUUCCCAGCGUCGCUCUCAGCACCUUCCACUUUAAAGUACCUCUUUCUUUUUAAACACAUGUAGAAGCGUUUGUAUUAUAACGGUUCUAAAAUGAACAUUUCAAAUGCAAAAACGGACUGUAUUUCACAUUAAUGGAUGCUACUACUGCCAUAACAUGGCUUUCCUCACCACUCCUCCCAAAAAAUAGCGCUUCCAGCAACAGACGGGAAUGAUGUAUCAGGACGGAAACAUUACUGACUCUGCUAAUAAAACAUGGAAUGUCAUCAGCAGUAGGUGACAGAUCCUGAAUAUGAAACCGGACACAGGCUACAUACUGAAGGCCCACAGGCAUAUAGUUUUGAGACGGCAGCUAGAAGUAAUGAAAACAUGCCACACAAAGGUAAUUCAAAUUAUAAAAGAAGCGAUAUUGAAACAUGGGAACAUGAAAAUCCAUACAGACUUGGGAAUGCUGACGGGUAAGGAAA